GAUAUAAUUGCAUUGCACUGUGCGAUCUGGUAGUAUUGUAACCAGCAAACGAAAUUUAAUAACAGAAUGUCUCGGCUAACGAUUUUCUUCGUCAUCGCGUUGGCGUGUGAAGUAUUUGGAAAAGAAGCAGAGAAGGAUUCCCGCCCUGCGCAAUCGGGCAUCAUUGGUGUUGGAGCGCCUUUGCUCUCUGGUUUAGGAGGAGUUGGUUUGGGUGGACCUGGUAUCGUCGCUGGCCCCGGAUUAGGUGGCCCUGCAAUCAUCGCUGGCCCUACCAUCGGUAGCGGCGCAGCACUCAACAACGCUGCUGCCGUUGGCGCCGCACAACUGAGCGCUAUUCAAAACGCUCAAGCCGUCCAGGCCGCUCAAAUCGCAAACUCCGCUGCCGCGGCCAUCCAGGGCGCUCGCGUGACCGAAGCCGCUGCAAGAGCCGGUCAAGUCAACGCUAUCAGUAACGCCCAAGCCUUAGAUGCGGCGCGUAUCGCCAACAUUCAAAGAGCUCAAGCUGCAGCAUACGAAAACGCGAGAGCCGCGGACGCCGCCAGACGCGCCGCCGCCGCCAGUGCCUUGGAACUCGGGCGUGCUGCUGAAGCGGAACGUCUAGCUAAUGCAGCUCGUGUACAGGCCAUCGCUAUUGCGAAUACUCGCGCCGUAGAAGCGGCCCGCAUUGCAAACGCCGCCAGAGCUCAAGCAGCGGCUGUAGCCUCCACGGCCGCACAAGCCCAGGCUGUGGCCGACUCCGUAGCGAGAACCGCUAAUGAUGGCGCCUUGCUGCUCGGUGGUAGCGGCCUUGUCGGUGGUGGCCUCGUCGGCGCUGGACCCGCAGUCGUUGCAGCGGCACCCGUAGCCGCUGGAGUUCCAGUUGCUGUCGGCGGUCUCGGCCUCGGCGGUCUCGGUCUCGGUGGAUACGGCUUGGGUGCCGGCAAAAUCCUCCAUUAAUUCGACGCGCUCGACGGUUUCCAGUGAUAAAUUUCCCACAAUAAAAACAACCAGAUUUCUACAUCCAUUUCGUUGUAUUUCCAUAGAAAUGGUUAGCGGCAGGUCUCAGUAGAUUUUAACUGGUCAUGUAAAUAGAAUUUUUACUUUCGAUUUAUUUUAUAAUAGUAAACGAAUUGCACAAACUGCGUA